UCUAAAAUCUUCAGCUUGGGGAAACAUUAGAAUAGUUUAGUUUUGUUUUGGCUCUGCGUGACCAAAACAGACAUAAAUACAUUUAAGACAGAUCUACGCCCUUCUUUCUCUCCAUUUUCUCAGAUCUCUCUCUCACUCUUCCCAGCUUCAAUUAUCCCUCUCCUCCGGCAUCCAAUUUCGUCGCCGCCGGACAACACACAUUCCCCGUUACAAUACGAUCUCGUUUCCGAUUUGGGAUGAUCUUCAAUUUUGAUUCGCCCGCAUUCCGUUUCCGAAUUCCACACCGUCCGUGACCUGAACGCGCGCGGCCGUAGCGCAAUUUGGUCGCCGCCAGAGAGUGAGACAAAAUGGCCGGAGGUGCCGCCGGGGGUUUCGUCACUCGAGCGUUCGAUUCUAUUCUCAAGGAGUGUUCUUCUGUCAAGAAGUUUCCCGAACUUCAGAAAGCUAUUCAGAAUUACACAGAUAUAACGAAACAGGCCAGCCAGAAAAAGCAGAGUGAGGUCAAUCAAGCUGCACCUUCAGCUGAAUCUGGGAGCACGAAUGAAACUGAAGGUGGAGCGGCAACUAGGACAGAAGCAGAUCAGUUCCAGAAGGCUGAGCAUGCUUCAGAUGACAGGCCUAAGAUUGGAAACAUUAAUGUUGUUUUGGCUAGUGCUGGGAAUACUCUUGAAGGAGCUGAUGCAGAGCUUGUUUUAAAUCCUCUUCGUCUUGCGUUUGAGACUAAGAACUUGAAAAUCCUUGAAUCUGCUUUGGAUUGUCUUCAUAAACUUAUUGCGUAUGACCAUUUGGAGGGAGAUCCUGGGUUAGAGGGUGGUAAAAAUGUCCCAUUGUUUACAGACAUUCUAAACAUGGCUUGCAGUUGUGUUGACAAUUCAUCACCUGACAGUACUAUUCUCCAAGUGCUGAAGGUUCUUCUUACUGCUGUGGCUUCUACUAAAUUCAGAGUACAUGGCGAACCUUUACUGGGAGUUAUCAGAGUAUGCUACAAUAUUGCUCUGAAUAGCAAGAGUCCUAUAAACCAAGCAACGUCGAAGGCAAUGUUGACACAGAUGAUCAGCAUCACUUUCAGGAGAAUGGAAACUGAUCCAGUCGAAGCGUCAUCUGCUUCCAGUGGGCAUACAAUUUCAAAGGCAGCUUCAGCAGAGAAUUUAAACUCAAAAUCUGAUGAAUCUUCAACGGGAGACUCAAAUGAAAAAGAAAUGACUUUGGGUGAUGCACUUAGUCAAGCCAAGGAUGCAUCUCCAACAUCUCUUGAGGAACUUCAGAAUCUUGCUGGAGGUGCUGAUAUAAAGGGCUUAGAAGCGGUACUGGACAAGGCAGUGCAUACUGAAGAUGGUAAAAAGAUAACACGUGGGAUUGAUUUGGAGAGCAUGAGUAUAGUACAACGUGAUGCUUUGUUGGUAUUCCGCACUCUUUGCAAGAUGGGUAUGAAGGAAGAUAAUGAUGAAGUUACAACGAAGACGAGGAUAUUGUCGCUUGAGCUUCUUCAGGGUUUGUUGGAGGGAGUCAGCCACUCAUUUACAAAGAACUUCCAUUUUAUUGAUUCAGUGAAGGCAUAUCUUUCAUAUGCAUUGUUACGAGCUUCAGUUUCACAAUCCCCUGUCAUAUUUCAGUAUGCAACUGGAAUAUUUUUGGUGCUGUUAUUGCGAUUCAGGGAGAGUCUCAAAGGUGAAAUAGGCAUCUUCUUUCCAUUGAUUGUUCUUAGACCACUGGAUGGAUUAGAAUUUCCUGUCAACCAAAAACUUAGUGUUCUUCGGAUGUUAGAGAAAGUAUGUAAGGAUCCACAGAUGCUUGUUGACAUCUUUGUGAAUUAUGAUUGUGAUCUUGAGGCACCAAACUUGUUUGAACGAAUGGUUACUACUCUGUCCAAAAUAGCUCAAGGAACUCAAAAUACCGAUCCAAAUUCAGCUGCUCUUUCUCAAACAGCUUCAGUUAAAGGCUCAUCACUUCAAGGUCUUGUGAGUGUGCUUAAAUCACUAGUUGAUUGGGAGCAAUCACAUAGGGAGUUGGAAAAGUUAAAGAAUAAUCAGCAAGAAGGGAUUUCAGCUGGAGAUUCUUCUGAAAUAAGAUCUAGGGAAGAUGUAACCAGUGACUUUGAGAAGGCUAAGGCUCAUAAAUCCACAUUGGAGGCAGCCAUUGCUGAGUUCAACAGAAAACCAAUGAAGGGGGUGGAAUAUCUAAUAUCAAUUAAGUUGGUGGAAAACACACCUGCUUCAGUUGCUCAAUUUUUGAAAAACACACCCAAUUUGGACAAGGCUACAAUUGGUGACUAUUUAGGUCAACAUGAAGAAUUUCCCCUUGCUGUGAUGCAUGCUUAUGUAGAUUCCAUGAAAUUUUCUGGAUUUAAAUUUGAUACUGCAAUCAGGGAGUUUCUUAAAGGGUUCCGACUUCCUGGAGAAGCUCAAAAGAUAGACCGAAUCAUGGAAAAGUUUGCAGAGAGAUACUGUGCAGACAAUCCUGGCCUUUUUAAAAAUGCAGAUACAGCUUAUGUUCUAGCUUAUGCUGUUAUUAUGUUAAAUACUGAUGCUCAUAACCCAAUGGUGUGGCCCAAGAUGUCCAAGUCGGAUUUUGUUCGCAUGAAUGCCAGGGAUGAUCCGGAUGAGUGUGCUCCUAAAGAGCUACUAGAAGAGAUCUAUGAUUCCAUUGUCAAAGAGGAGAUUAAAAUGAAAGAUGACACAUCUUUAAUUGGAAAAAGCAGCAGACAGAAGCCAGAGGGUGAAGAAGGACGCCUUGUCAGUAUUCUUAACCUGGCACUCCCAAAAAGGAAGUCAUCCGGAGAUGCCAAGUCUGAAAGUGAGGCCAUCAUUAAGAAAACACAAGCUAUAUUCAGGAAUAAAGGGGUGAAAAGAGGAGUUUUCUACACUGCCCAGCAGAUUGAACUUGUAAGGCCCAUGGUUGAAGCCGUUGGAUGGCCUUUGCUUGCUACUUUUUCUGUAACUAUGGAGGAAGGUGAUAAUAAGCCUCGUGUUGUUUUGUUGAUGGAGGGAUUUAAAGCUGGCAUACAUAUUACGUUUGUGCUUGGAAUGGAUACCAUGCGAUAUGCAUUUCUAACAUCUCUUGUCAGGUUUACUUUCUUGCAUGCCCCCAAGGAAAUGCGCAGUAAAAAUGUGGAAGCUUUGCGUACACUGUUGGUUCUAUGUGACUCAGACAUGAACGCUCUUCAAGAUACAUGGAAUGCAGUUCUGGAAUGUGUUUCUCGCCUCGAAUUUAUAACAUCAACUCCUUCAAUUUCUGUCACUGUUAUGCAUGGGUCAAACCAAAUCUCCAAGGAUGCUGUUGUUCAAUCUCUGAAAGAAUUAGCUGCAAAACCUGCAGAACAAGUUUUCAUGAAUAGUGUUAAACUACCUAGUGAUUCAGUUGUGGAAUUCUUCACUGCUCUCUGUGGUGUAUCAGCUGAAGAGCUAAAACAAACUCCAGCUCGUGUCUUCAGCUUGCAGAAGCUUGUUGAAAUUAGUUAUUACAAUAUGGCUCGAAUACGAAUGGUCUGGGCUAGAAUCUGGUCUGUCCUAGCAAAUCACUUUAUAUCAGCAGGGAGUCAUCAUGAUGAGAAAAUUGCUAUGUAUGCCAUAGAUUCUCUAAGACAACUUAGUAUGAAGUAUUUGGAGCGUGCUGAACUGGCCAAUUUCUCUUUCCAAAAUGAUAUUCUUAAACCAUUUGUUGUUCUUAUGCGGAAUAGUCAAAGUGAAUCCAAAAGGAGGCUAAUUGUUGACUGCAUUGUCCAGAUGAUAAAAUCUAAGGUUGGAAGCAUAAAGUCUGGGUGGCGUAGUGUAUUUAUGAUUUUUACAGCUUCUGCAGAUGAUGAAUUGGAAUCAAUUGUCGAGAGUGCAUUUGAAAAUGUUGAGCAGGUCAUCUUAGAACACUUUGAUCAAGUAGUGGGAGACUGUUUCAUGGAUUGCGUGAAUUGUCUGAUCAGGUUUGCCAACAAUAAAACUUCACAUCGUAUUAGCUUGAAGGCUAUUGCACUCCUGCGGAUCUGUGAGGACCGUCUGGCAGAGGGUCUUAUUCCUGGAGGUACUUUAAUGCCUAUUGAUGCUACUUUGGAUGCAACUUUCGAUGUAACGGAGCAUUAUUGGUUCCCAAUGCUGGCUGGUUUAUCUGAUCUAACAUCAGAUCAAAGGCAAGAGGUCAGAAGUUGUGCACUUGAAGUCUUGUUUGAUUUACUGAAUGAAAGAGGUAGCAAGUUCUCCACAGCAUUUUGGGAGAGUAUAUUCCAUCGCGUUCUGUUUCCAAUUUUUGAUCAUGUGAGACAUGCUGGGAAAGAGGGCUUUAUUUCUCCUGAUGAUGAUUGGUUUCGUGAAACAAGCAUACAUUCACUUCAGCUUCUAUGCAACCUUUUCAACACAUUCUAUAAGGAGGUUUGUUUUAUGUUGCCUCCACUACUGGGUCUGUUGUUAGAUUGUGCCAAAAAGACAGAUCAAACAGUGGUCUCAAUAUCUCUUGGUGCUUUGGUGCAUCUCAUUGAAGUUGGUGGACACCAAUUCAGUGAAAGUGACUGGGACACACUACUUAAAAGCAUAAGAGAUGCUUCGUAUACUACACAACCUCUAGAACUGCUUAAUGUGUUAAGUUUUGAAAACCUGAGGAACCAUGGAAGCAUUAUUAGUGAUUCUGAAGGCAACGCAGGUGACAGUGGGACCACAAGGUCUAUUGACAAUGAGGUAAUUGGUGACCGUCAACUUGAUGUCAAUAGUAAUGGGAAAUUGUCUCCACUGGCAUCCUCAAAUACAAAUGCUGAUGGAGUGGAAGAUUCUAUAUCACAGACAAAUGUAGAUCAGUCUGAAGGCCUUCCAUCUCCAUCAGGAAGAACUCCCAAAGCUGCAGAUGGAGAAGGUUUCCAGCGGAGCCAAACCUUAGGUCAACGGAUUAUGGGAAAUAUGGAAAAUCUCUUCCUUCGAAAUCUCACAAAAUCUAAAAGCCAUAUAUCUGAUGCUUCUCAAUCAUCUUCUCCAAUUAAGGUUGCUGAUGCUGUAGAGCCUGAUACCAAGAAUGAGGAGAGUCCUUUGCUGGUAACUGUCAGGGGAAAGUGCAUUACACAGUUAUUGCUUCUUGGUGCAAUUGAUGGUAUUCAGAAGAAAUACUGGACAAAAUUAAAAUCCCAACAGAAGGUUUCUAUAAUGGACAUUUUGCUGUCUUUGUUGGAGUUUGCUGCUUCAUAUAACUCAUCCACCAAUCUUAGAACUCGUAUGCACCAAAUUCCUGAUGAAAGGCCACCAAUAAAUCUUCUUCGCCAGGAAUUAGCUGGUACUGGCAUAUAUCUGGACAUCUUACAAAAAGCAACUUAUGGUUUUGAAACAAAAAAAGAAAAAAGUCCAGAGUCUGUUGGAUUUCAAGAUGUGGACUCUACAGAAGUUAAUGGCUUGAGUAUUACUCAAGAUUCUGAUUCAGAAGUGAAAUUUGAAAGGUUAGCUGAGGAGAAACUGGUGUCUUUCUGUGAACAGGUGCUCAGGGAGGCAUCCGACCUCCAGUCAAUUACUGGAGAAACCACUAACAUGGAUAUUCAUCGUGUCUUGGAACUGCGCGCUCCCAUCAUUGUUAAGGUGCUUCAAAGCAUGUGUUUUAUGAACAAUAAGAUUUUCAGAAGACAUCUAAGAGAAUUCUACCCCUUGCUAACAAAACUUGUUUGCUGUGACCAGAUGGAUGUUCGGGGAGCUCUUGGUGAUUUAUUCCAGGCACAACUAAAACCUCUUUUACCAUAACCGUCGUAUAAUGCCGCUGAUAAUCCUGUGUGAUCAGAUGGACGUUCGGGGAGCUCUUGGUGAUUUAUGCCAAGCACAACUGAAAGCUCUUUUACCAUAACUGUCUUAUAAUGCCGUUGUUAGGAUUCUCAGAUAUAAACUCCAGGGUAUUGCCGUUGUCAGUUUUAGCUGGCUUGGAAAGAAGAAAUAUGGUGGCAUUUUUUUGUAUUAAUCUUUUUAUGGAAAUUUUGUGAUUGUACUAACAGUUUUGUAGAAAAGAAAUAGAAAUGUAAUUUGGUUUCAUCUGACCUCCCAAUAUUUGUUUGCACUUGACUCAAUUUGUUUGUGCAGUAUUUGGACAAUAGGUGAAAGCUCUGAUUGAGGUUUCGAAUCAGUCUUUUGUUGUAUGAUAACAGAUGUAUACCAUGUGAAACCCUUGUCUUUCAUGAGAAGGAAUAUCAACUAUUUGCUAUUCAUAAUGUAUACUAGAAAAAAAAAAAGUAGCAGUUAUCCCCCUUUUCC